AGGACACACCGCACACAGUCCGGCGAGUCGGAUCCGUGGAGACACGUAGAGAGACGCGGCGCGUAAGGGCUUUGGAUACCGGGAGGAGGAAUCGAACCGCAGAGUUUGGCUUCUCGUCUAUUCUUUCUCGACGCGCGCGACUCACGGACGCCAGAGGGACCGACGCAACGCACGGGCAGCACGACGGUGGCAUCCCUGUCCGCGCACCCGGUGACCGAUCGUGGUUCGGCCGUGUCCGUCCGUCAUAUUCCCGAGAGGAGAGAGAGAGAGAGAGAGAGAAGGAGCAAGGUUGCUGGCACACGUAGUUGGUGGUGUUGCGACGCAGCGAGGCGGAGGGGACGGUGUGCGCGAAGCAAGAACGAGCGAUCGGGAACUCUGACUGCCGGCCAUGGAGAAGCGGAUAGAACUCGAGAAGCGGGGCAAGAAGUCCGGCGACAUCAAAGAACUUGUUCUUGACAACUGUCGGAGUACACACAUUGUGGGCCUGACAAAUGAAUUCAGCGCCCUGGAGUCACUGAGUCUCAUCAAUGUGGGUCUUACCAGUCUAAAAGGCUUCCCAGAGUUGUCCAGUCUUAAAAAGUUGGAGUUGAGCGACAAUCGAAUUUCGGGUGGUUUAAAUUUACUUGAUUCGAGCCCCAAAUUAACUCAUCUGAAUCUAAGUGGAAACAAAAUCAAAGAUCUUGAUACGUUACAACCAUUGAAAGAAUUUAAGAAUCUGAAGAGUCUGGAUCUGUUCAACAAUGAGGUGACAAAUAUGGACAAUUAUAGGGAAAGAGUUUUCAAUCUUAUUCCCAGUCUACGAUAUCUUGAUGGAUUUGAUGCUGAUGAUUGUGAAGUUGACAGUGAAGGCGAGGAUGAUGAAGUCAAUGGAAACGAAGAUGGAGAUGGGGUGGACAAUGAAGAAGACAGCGAUGAAGUUUCAGAUGAAGAAGACGAUGAUUUCUUAAAUGAUGAACCAGGGUUAGAUAUGGUCUAUUCGGGAAAACUUGGAGAUACUGAUGAGGAAGAUUACAUGGAAGAGGAAGAAGAAGAGGAUGAUGAUGAAGAUAAUGAAGAUGACGAACAGGAAGAAGAAGAAGAAGAGUCUCCUGUUCGAGGAAAGAAAAGAAAAAUUGAAGAUAGAGGGGAGAACUUGAAUGAUUAAGAUGGGAGGCAAGACUCCAGCACUGUUAAAUGAGUGUAAAAUUCGUAUAAAUAAUAACAAUAAACGACGCCGAGUGAACAGCUGGGAAUCAAACUAAUCGACCGACCAAUGACAGACUACAGUUAGUGAUGUGAAUUUAUCAGUAAAUCAUUGAUUGUGAGGAAAUUGCGUAACAACAAAAGAUUUACCAUAUGAUAGAAGCGGCAUGUGAAUGAAAAAUAUAAAGAAGAAAAAGAGAGAAAUAGAUAAUGAUGGCAUAAAAAUAGGGCUGCAUUCCAGCUGGACACAGCACAGUUUUAGUUAUACUAACGAUAUUUUAUAUAGAGUAUAUAGUUAGAGUAUUAGUCGUGCUGCAUAGAAUGAACGGAAGAUCGGAAUAUUAAAUGAUUCAAAGAGAGAAAGUAUGAGAGAAAGAGGGCGAGAAUGAUAGUGAGAGAACGAGAAAAUAUGGGUGUGUGUAUGUGCGUGUGAAAGAGACAAAAAUAGAGAGCAGGAGGUAGCAGGAGUUUUACACUUGAAGGAGCAUCUUGUCUGUUAGCUCCAGUCGGCCAAAGGCUGGUCACGCUGGAAUGCGGUCAUCUCGUUAAUCAGUGCUAAGGUUACAUAAGUUACAUUUUAAAUACAUUAUUAUUGUACCGUGAAUAAGUAUAUAGAGUAAACGAGGAACAACUUUUGUACAGGUUUACACCAUACAUCGAGGUGCAUUAUAUGCCUCUGUGAUUUUUGGGACAGAAAAUAAAGAGAGAGAAAUAUA